ACAUUUACCCGUUCACCAUGUCCGAGGCAUAUGAUGACGAGGCCACGGGCGCGCGCUUCGAGCGUCUGGCGCCCGAGUACCAGGCGGCGUUCGCUCGUUUCCUGCGUCGCUACUACCGCGCAGACCUCCAGCAGCUACACCGCCGCCUGCGCCAUGUCUCGAUGCCCUUCGCCGCCGUCAACGAGACCUCGGAUCAGAGUCUACUGGCCUACAGCCAACGCGUGUGUGCGCAGCGGCUGCUCGACUUCAAUGCGCAGCUUGGAACGCUAUUAUUCCGCCACCCGGAGCAGCUUUUGCCGCUUUUCCACUGCGCGUUGGCCAAAGAGGUGAGCUGUAACGCCGGCGAGCCACUGGAAGGCGGCGGAUUGCCGUCCAUCCCGCUCAAGGCGCGACGGAAGCUCAAGGUGCGCAUCGAGAACCUGCCGCCGGUGCCACCGCUACGCAAGCCCGCGAUCAGUGCGAUCCGGUCCAAUGACGUCAAGCAAUUGAUUCAAAUUGCCGGCACUGUAGUGCGCACGGGGAUGGUGCGUGGAUAGCUGAACACACGCGCUAAUGAGAGACUGUAGCUGAGUCUGUUGUGCAGAUCAAGAUGCAGGAGAUGGAGAGGGAGUAUCAAUGUUGCAACGCACGCUGUGGACACAGAUUUCUGGUUAAAUCGGACCCGGAACAGGGCAAUGUAUUAGAGAUCCCGAAAGUUUGUCCAUCCGACAGUACAGGAGACACCAGUAGUGGCGGUAAGAAGCCAUGCAAGUCGACGCAGUUUAUGCCUGUAGGAGGCGCAGACAGCAGCGUCGUGUCGGACCACCAGGUCAUCAAGAUCCAGGAACAGGCGUCCAAGUUGGGCGUUGGGUCGAUUCCACGCUCGAUUUUAGUGGUGCUAGAAGACGAUCUGGUGGACUCGGUGAAGGCUGGAGAUCAGGUCGUGGUCGUGGGGAUCUUGAUGCGUACGUGGAAGCCGUGCGUCCGAGGUGUGCGGUGCGACCUGGAGACCACGAUCAACGCCAAUAGUAUCCGGAUCAAGAACGCCUCGACGUCUCAAGUCAUGGUAACAGAAGAAUUACGAGCCGAAUUCGCGCAGUUCUGGACGAAACACAAGCGCGAUCCCGUGCGUGGCCGCAACGAGAUUGUUGCCAGUAUUUGUCCCAAAGUGUAUGGGCUGUUCAUCGUCAAGCUUGCAGUAGCGCUCACAGUUAUCGGUGGCGUGUCGUACGUGGAUGAGACGGGCAUGAAGACGCGAGGUGAGCCGCACAUGCUUCUGAUCGGUGAUCCGGGCACCGGGAAGUCGCAGUUCCUGCGGUUUACCGCGGAGUUGAGUCCACGUUCCGUGCUGACAACAGGGAUUGGAACCACCAGCGCUGGUCUGACCUGCACGGCCGUCAAAGACGGUGGCGAGUGGAUGCUGGAGGCUGGAGCUUUAGUUCUGGCGGAUCGUGGCGUGUGCUGCAUCGACGAGUUCAGCAGUAUCCGUAGCAAUGAUCGCACGUCCAUCCACGAGGCGAUGGAGCAACAAACGCUAAGCGUGGCGAAGGCCGGACUGGUGUGCAAGUUGAACGCGCGUACUACCAUCUUCGCCGUGACGAACCCGAAAGGCCGGUACGAUCCAACCACCGACGUGUCAGUGAACACGAGCAUCGCCAGCCCGCUGCUCAGUCGCUUCGACCUCAUCCUGGUGCUGCUGGACCGUAUGAACCCACGCUGGGACCAGGUCGUGUCCUCGUUCAUCCUCAAACAGGCCGUUGGAACGAGUACCAGUAUGAAAGAAGAGGCCGAACGCGAUGAAGCUGAGGCGUCAUUUGAUAAGCGAGAACCUCGAGCAGUAAAGGAAGACUCGACGCUGUGGAGUAUCCAGAAGUUACAGGCGUAUAUCUGCCAUGUCAAAGACAAGUACCAACCGCAGUUAAGUCGUGGAGCGAUGCUCAUUCUGCAGCGGUAUUACCAGAGACAGCGAGCGUCGGACAGUCGAAGUGCCGCGCGGACAACGAUCCGACUACUGGAGAGUCUCACGCGACUCGCACAAGCCCAUGCACGACUCAUGUGUCAUGCCGAAGUCGCGGUCAUGGACGCGGUAGUUGCUGUUUUCGUCAUGGAAGUGAGCAAGUCGACGGACAACUGCUCCGAUAUGUUACAAGGCGGCGUCGAGUCUGUGUUGCAUUCCAACUUCUCCGAUAAUCCAGAGGAGGAGUACGCACUGCAAGAGAAACUCGUUCUCGACUAUCUGUUGCUACAAGAACUGAGCACAACAAACAGUCAACCAGUGAGCAUUUCACAGCGAAGACCCGACCCUGUCAACAGUUUCCCGCUAGCAGCUGAAGAGUACGAAGAAGCUGACGUUCACGGCGAGUUUGCUGGAGAUCUGUACGUUCCUGGAACAGAAGAGCAGCAGGUUCCGAGAAGAAAACGACCAACAAGUCCGUCAGAAGGGAGUGGCAAGAAGCGGCGUCAGGAUCCUCCGUCGCAGCCGUUUAUACCGUCGUCGAUUCCUCGGCACGAAGUUGAGGACGAAGAUCUGGAUAUCAUGGACGAUUAUCGUCGAGGUGUACAGCAAAGUCAGCACGCAGAGGAACAACCUCGCGCUCCUGCACGCCCGCGCUUUGACUUUGGUCGCUGGAGUCAGCAGGCUGAAGCGAGUCAAUCUAUCAUCAGCAAGUGGAAGAGGUAACAGUGGUUUAAUUACACGUGCAUAAGCGAGUACAGUAAGUGCACGUUUUUCCGACUCUCGAAGUCCUGGAUGGCGUCGAUGAUGCCGUCGUCCAGACUGUUGAGGACGUCGAUCUAGCAGCAUGGACGUUAGUAUCAACUUUUGUCAUAACAGAUCUGAGCAUCAACCUACCGCCUGGCAUAGCUC